AUGAAGAGCUUCCGCGAAUCUCGACAGCUGUCACGUAGUUCUCGCGCAUACCAAGGAAGAUAUUUCAGCCACGUACAAGCACAGACAGGUAAUUCAAAAGGUAAAGAAAACGCAGCUAUACCUUCUCCAUCACAAACUCAGUCGCACGCCCAAUGGAAAACAGGCAUCUCGACAAGUCAGCAGGGAGCAGUACUCGGUGAGACGCCCUUUCCUUCUGCACCCAGGUCCAUCUUCGAGUGCAUCUUCAAGAAAGACCAAGAACGCAUGAAGAACAUCGCUGCAAGCCGCUUUGCCCCCUUUUCCACGUCGAAUGAUCUCUCGCCAGGUCCCUCACUCCCCACGCCUCCCACGAAGCUGCUCUCAACGGUUUUCAGCCUUUCAUGGCCGAUCCAUCUAAGCAGGCAAGAAGCCUGGGAAGACACCCGAGGAAUCUCGGGCCUGUACACGCCUGCUGCACAGCCAGAAGAGGAGACGGACAGUAUGGAUGUGGCAGAGGAGAAGCCGAAGGAAGAAGUCAAGGAAGAAAACCCCGAAGGUGCAUGCUGCUCGACUGGGCAUGUAUGGUGUUAUGACGCGCGAGGUCUGCACGUGGCAGCCUGCACGGCUGCUGUGCAAGCGCUUUGGCGUCAAGGACCCGGUUCUGGAGUUCUUGUCGAUACUCUGGGCUCGUUAGCAGACGAAUUCGCUGGUGCAAGCGCGGGAGCGACGCAAGUAGAGAGUGGGGGUUCCGGAAGUAGCAAGCGCGACGUUGCCAAUAUCGGCAUGGGGGAAGAUGAUGGGCGGGGGAUGAUUGAUGAUGAGGAGAGCGACGAGGAGAAGGAUUAUAUGGACAAUGUCGAUGAGGUGGACGAGCCUCCUGCCAUCUAAACGAGGCCCGGGCCCCGGAUGUCAAGGCACUACCAGCGAAUGGUGUCGUGGAAGAUGUUGACCUGGCUAUGUUCAAGCCUACCUUCAUACUCAGGGGAUCCAAACCGAAAGACGCGGAGAAGAAGGAAAAAAAAA